GGCCUCCCGCCCGCACCCGCUCGCUCCCGCGGCCCUCGCUCGCCUCGCGCCGGCAGUUUUGGGCCUACACCUCCCCUCCCCCCGCCAGGCACCAAAGACUUGACCACGUAACGAGCCCAACUCCCCCGAACGCCGCCCGCCGCUCGCCAUGGAUGCCGGUGUGACUGAAAGUGGACUAAAUGUGACUCUCACCAUUCGGCUUCUUAUGCACGGAAAGGAAGUAGGAAGCAUCAUUGGGAAGAAAGGGGAGUCGGUUAAGAGGAUCCGCGAGGAGAGUGGCGCGCGGAUCAACAUCUCGGAGGGGAAUUGUCCCGAGAGAAUCAUCACUCUGACCGGGCCCACCAAUGCCAUCUUUAAGGCCUUCGCUAUGAUCAUCGACAAGCUGGAAGAAGACAUCAACAGCUCCAUGACCAACAGCACGGCGGCCAGCAGGCCCCCGGUCACCCUGAGGCUGGUGGUGCCGGCCACCCAGUGCGGCUCCCUGAUUGGGAAAGGCGGCUGUAAGAUCAAGGAGAUCCGUGAGAGUACGGGGGCCCAGGUCCAGGUGGCGGGGGAUAUGCUGCCCAACUCCACCGAGCGGGCCAUCACCAUUGCUGGCGUGCCGCAGUCUGUCACCGAGUGUGUCAAGCAGAUCUGCCUGGUCAUGCUGGAGACGCUCUCCCAGUCUCCGCAAGGGAGAGUCAUGACCAUUCCGUACCAGCCCAUGCCGGCCAGCUCGCCAGUCAUAUGUGCCGGCGGCCAAGAUCGUUGCAGCGACGCUGCGGGCUACCCCCACGCCACCCAUGACCUGGAGGGACCACCUCUAGACGCCUACUCGAUUCAAGGACAACACACCAUUUCUCCGCUCGAUCUGGCCAAGCUGAACCAGGUGGCAAGACAACAGUCUCACUUUGCCAUGCUGCACGGCGGGACCGGAUUCGCCGGAAUUGACUCCAGCUCUCCAGAGGUGAAAGGCUAUUGGGCAAGUUUGGAUGCAUCUACUCAAACCACCCAUGAACUCACCAUUCCAAAUAACUUAAUUGGCUGCAUAAUCGGGCGCCAGGGCGCCAACAUUAAUGAGAUCCGCCAGAUGUCGGGGGCCCAGAUCAAAAUUGCCAACCCAGUGGAAGGCUCCUCUGGUAGGCAGGUUACUAUCACUGGUUCUGCUGCCAGUAUUAGCCUGGCCCAGUAUCUAAUUAAUGCCAGGCUUUCCUCUGAGAAGGGCAUGGGCUGCAGCUAGAACAGUGUAGGGUCACUCAUAACUCCUUUCUGCUGUUUUCCCAUGAUCCAACUGUGUAAUUUCUGGUCAGUGAUUCCAGGUUCUAAAUAAUUUGUAAGUGUUCAGUUUCUACAUAACUUUAUCAUCUGCUAAGAAUUUAAAAAUCACAUUUUCUGUUCAGCUGUUAAUGCUGGGAUCCAUAUUUAGUUUUAUAAGCUUUUCCCUGUUUUUAGUUUUGUUUGGGUUUUUUGGCUCCUGAAUUUUAUUUCUGUUUGUCGAUAAGAAAUGUAAGAGUGGAAUGUUAAUAAAUUUCAGUUUAGUUCUGUAAUGUCAAGAAUUUAAGAAUUAAAAAUGGAUUGGUUAAAAAAAAAUUGCUUCAUAUUUGAAAAAGCUGGGAACUACUAUCUUAAACUGUUGUUGGUGCUUUUUUUUUCCUCCCCUUUUCCUGUUAGGUGUUUGUGGGGAGGAGGGAGAAGGGUGGGCUAGUCCUUGGUACUCCCUCAAGCCUUUCUUACCUUACUGGUAAGAUUCCAGCCCCACUGUGCCCCAACAAAGGAACACGGCAGGUUGGGCCUACCUUGGGAUGUUUGCAGAGACGGGGGGCUCUUCCCGAGAGAGUCAUUUUUCCAGCUGAGCUCCAGAGAGAAGCCUCUGCUUAUUUCUCUGGUAGGAAACAGGCUUUUCCCAAAUGGAAGAUGUAUACAGAUUCUUAGGACCUCUGAUGAAUGGCAGUGUGUUUCAUCCUGCUGUCUAACCAGUCCCCUCAUUUUACCAGUUUAGACUUGGAAAACUAGGGGCCAGGGAAGGUGUGGGAAGAGGGAAGGGUAGGGGCUGGAGGAGGGAGGAACUGGAGUAAGGGAUAUGGGGAAGGGUGGGUCUGAGGGCUUGGGAGGGUAACAGCUGCAGGGUGGUGGUGGGGUCUUGUGUGGGUGGCAGGGGUGGUGCCCGUGGGGAAUGGACGUGUCAAACAUGCACCUGUGGCAAUCUGCCUGUCAGGAUGUGGUACAUACAGAAAUGAGGCCCAGCUUCCAGUUCUUCAGCUGUGUGCAAUAUUUAGAGAAAUCACUAUACCAGGAAAUGAUCCUGUCUCAUGGGUCAGUCUUCACAGGCAGGACUGUAGAGUGAUCCAUCGCCUAAGGGUCUAAGAAUGACCUGAGGUAUUAAAAAUGCAGAUUCCCACCCCAAGGCUAUUUAUUGCAUAUUGAAGGAAGGUCCCGCUGCGAAGGCCCUGCAACUUCCUGUCAUCGGUCAGUGGAACUAGACUGGACCUGAGGAGAGAAAAACAAUUCUGUACCAUUAGGCAAAACCAACAAAAGAGAUGGCAGUAUAAGACAAUAGACAGUUAGGUGCCAAAAUGUGUAGUUCAAACCCCAGGCAUUAUGGGAGAUCAGCAACAAAGAGAAAUUCCUGUGGGAGGGGAGUACUUUCCAUAGUAAAUAGUUGUUGAGGCUUAUUCUCUAGGGCAUCUGCUCCUUCCUGAGGUAGAGGCCUAUUGCCGAGAGCGCCUGGAGGUAACAUUGGGGUCAGCCGCGCACUUCACACCCACUGUGGGGUCAGGUAACAGUCAAUGAAUGGAGCCCAAAUUCUGGCGUUAGACCUGAGUUAAAAUUUGGAUCUUGCCAUUUAAUUGUGCCUUGGGCCAAAUUAACCUCUAAAAUGGAGAUGUUAAAACAACAU